UUAUUUUCUAUUUAUUUAGAUAGAUAUACAAUAGAAUAAAAUUCGGAUACUGAUCGAAUCUUUCCAGUUCUUUUUUGUAGUAUACUAUUUAUAGUAAAAUACUUUAAGUAGAUUUCGUUUGAUUUAUCAUUUUUGUUAUUUAGUUUAGUUUUAAUUUAGCUUUAUGAGAUUUUCCAUUUUAAAUUAAAAAGGAGUGUUUAUGUCACGUUACAGAGGGCCUCGUUUCAAAAAAAUACGUCGUCUGGGGGCUUUACCAGGACUAACUAGUAAAGGGCCUACAGUUGGAAGCGAACUUAAAAACCAAUCGCGCUCGAGUAAAAAGUCUCAAUAUCGUAUUCGUUUAGAAGAAAAACAAAAAUUGCGUUUUCAUUAUGGUCUUACAGAACGACAAUUGCUUAAAUACGUUCGUAUCGCUGGAAAAGCGAAAGGUUCAACCGGUCAAGUUUUACUACAAUUACUUGAAAUGCGUUUGGAUAACAUACUUUUUCGAUUGGGUAUGGCUUCGACUAUUCCUCAAGCCCGUCAAUUAGUUAACCACAGACAUGUUUUAGUUAAUGGUCGUAUAGUAGAUAUACCAAGUUAUCGUUGCAAACCCGAAGAUAUUAUUACAGCGAAGGAUGAACAAAAAUCUAGAACUCUGAUUCAAAAUUCUCUUGAAUCAGCCCCCCGCGAAAAAUUGCCAAUCCAUUUGACUCUUGAUCCAUUCCAAUAUAAAGGAUUAGUCAAUCAAAUAAUAGAUAGUAAAUGGGUUGGUUUGAAAAUUAAUGAAUUGCUGGUUGUAGAAUAUUAUUCUCGUCAGACUUAAACCUAAUUAAAAUAAGAAUAAUUUUGAUCCGAGGAUUUCCCCCCAUUCAUGUAUAGACGUGGGUGGGUAUAGGAAAUUUGUUAUUCCUUGCCCACUUUAUUCCACGAUUUUUUUUAUUACAGAAAACAGAAAUAAAUUAGGAAUAGAGAAUCCACAUCAAAGUUGGAAUAAUGAUAUCUAUUUGCAAACAUUGAGGUCAGUAACAUUGAUGAACUUGAUAAGGGUGCGGAAAGAGAGGGAUUCGAACCCUCGGUAAACAAAAAGCCUACAUAGCAGUUCCAGUGCUACGCCUUCAACCACUCGGCCAUCUCUCCUACAUAAUGAUUAUGUCCCUCGAGUGAAUAGUGAGGCAUAGAUAUUCCAUUUGGGUAGGCGCACAUAAUCAAUUGAAACGAACAAAAAAAAACUUACUUCGAGGCCUGCCGUAGGAUAAAAUUAUUUGAUUAAUAAGUCCAUUUUUACGUUAUUUCGUACUGUAUUGUACAAUUCCUUUGUUUGGGGGAUUCUUUUAUCACGCGAUAAAAAAUGAAAUUUUAGAAUGGAUUGCUACCUAUGACUAGAUCUCGGAUAAAUGGAAAUUUUAUUGAUAAGACCUUUACCAUUGUAGCCAAUAUCUUAUUACGAAUAAUUCCGACAACUUCUGGAGAAAAAGAGGCAUUCACUUAUUACAGAGAUGGUGCGAUUUGAUUCUUUUUUUUUUUUUACCGAUCUCAGUCUAGAGAAAGAAAAAAAUUUUGAAAAAAAAAACCUACGCUUGCUGAAGGUGAAGUUUGGAAAUAAAACAAUUAAUCCCUUCUGUCGUGUAUUUCCGAUUAAUGCAGCCUCAUAUGCUUCAAUUUUAGGUUUAUAGUAUUAAGCGAAAGGUUAUACCUAUACCUAUGGGGUUAGGUUAAUCCUACUCCACUAGUACCAAUAGGCGGCAUGGGGAAGAAGCACUACGCUUAGGAAUCAACAACACUAGAAAACUUUGUAAAAAAAAAUAAAUCCUUCCUUUCUUAUGGGGAUCGGGACUAACUAGAAUGGUUGGGACAAUAAACAUCCAUCUCGUUCGUAUUUUGGAUACCCAUAUAACCAUCGAAGACUGUUGAAGUGACUAAUUCCGGGAAAUUUAGCAGCGUUGAGGACAAAGAAAUUGUUGAAGUGACUAUUUAUCCAGUAAUAACAUACUUGAUGUUAAUAAAAGAUCCUUUACAGGAAGGUUGGCUAGAGAUUUCGUGUAAAAAUACUAGUCCCGCUAAGUUGAUAAUGAGAAUAUUGCAAUCUUUUUGGAUUUGAUUCCAUGGAUGUUUAUCAUUAUACACAUAAAGGAGGAGCCGUAUGAGAUGAAAAUCUCACGUACGGUUCUGGAACGGAGAUUCUUUGAACCGAAUGACGACCGUAAC